AUGAAUAAGCUAAAGUUGAACAGUGACAAGACAGAGAUACUGGUGUUUUCUGCUCGCCAUCGUCCAAGUCCAUCUUUGUCUUAUAUAAAUGUUUGUGAUGAUGUCAUUGGCCUCUCUACCAAGGCGAGAAAUGUUGGGAUUAUAAUGGACUCAAAUGUUACUAUGGAAUCACAAGUAUUAACCAUUUGCAAAUCUGGAUUUUAUUAUUUAAGGAAAAUCAGUAAAGUACCAAAAUAUCUCAGCCUUAAAUCUGCAGAGAUUUUAGUACAUGCUCUGGUUACAUCCCGACGUCUUAAUUUUGGAAAUGCAUUGUUACACGGACUAUCGAACACUGCUCUUGAGCGAAUCGAGAAAGUUCAGAAUGCAGCAGCACGAAUUGUCACAUUAACGAGAAAAAGAGAUCACAUAACACCAGUGCUAUUCAAUCUACAUUGGCAGCUGAUCAAGGAAAGGAUUCAAUAUAAGAUACUAUUGAUCACUUUUAAGGCUUUAUCUGGACAAGCACCAGGAUAG